AAAUCCAGGACCAGAAGUGAGACCAGCGUCAGAUCUAGGACCAGAACCAGGACCAGGACCAGAUCUACACUCAGGACCAGGAGUGGGACGAGGAAUGGGACCAAAUCCAUGACCAGAAGUGACAACAGAUCCAGAUCUAGGACCAGGACCAGAUCCAGAUCUAGGACCAGAUCCAGAACCAGACCCAGGACCAGAAAUGGGACCAGAUCCAGGACCAGAAGUGAGACCACAUCCAGAUCUAGGACCAGAACCAGGA